ACGCACUGCGCCUUUCUCCGGAAUCCCUUCACUUUCAUCCUGCUGCAGGCACCAUAGAGAAAAGUCACCAUGCAUGGUGUAGUAGUGAAGAACAUGUCCUUUAAACCAGGACAGACCAUGACAAUAACCGGAGUCCCCAGACCUGACUCCACCAAUUUUGCCAUAAACAUCGGGAGCAGUCCUGAUGAACUCGCUCUGCACCUGAACCCUCGCUUCGAUGCUCAUGGAGAUAAUCGCACCGUGGUGUGUAACUCUUUCCAGGGGGGCAGCUGGUGCCAGGAGCACAGACCAGACGGCUUUUCCUUUAAUCAGGGGGAGGAGUUUAAGAUCUGGAUCACAUUCACAGGUGAGGAGUUUAAGAUCAAGCUGCCAGAUCAGUCAGAGAUCCACUUCCCAAACCGCCCCGGCGCCGAAAAGUACAACUACUUCCUCUUCGAAGGCGAGGUGCGAAUCCAUGGUAUCGAGAUCAAGUAGCAUGGAUUUGAUCGAUGACACGAUCAGACGUCUGUUCCCUUAUUCAGCCAAUCUGUGCUACCUUUCCUCUGCCUCAUACGUCGCUGUGGUACUAUGCAACUAAAACACUUAGUGAGAAGCUGAGAGAACAUCACGUUUAUUUCCCCUGAGAUUCCGAUUACACAGAGUAAACGAUGACAUUCAUUUUUAUUCUAAAGCUUUUUCUCUCUGUUUUAACAUCAUUCCAAAAAAUAUGCAGUUACAUUUUUCAACGUUUUGUAUCUGAAACUAAAUUAAACGUUCUGUUACAUCAGCCA